AUGGCGGUAGAUUUCGACUUUAUUGCUUCCAGCCCGAUUAUACAAAUAUUAGGGAAGUCGUGUAUCGUCUUCGGUGUCGGAUUUUUAAUGAGGCGGCUCGACGACCUGGACCGCAGCGAGGAGCGACGGGCUCUAGUGAUGUCCACGGAACCGAGUUCCACGGCCUUCUGCGCAGUUCUUGUGCACGUGGUGUGGUUGUCCAUAUAUGUU